AUGAAUAAUGGAAUGAGAAGAGAAACAUACAAAACAAAUGGGUUCAUAUACGAAUGUGCCGUGGAUAAGCAUACUGGAGGAGUGGUUUGGAGAGCAGUCGCAUGCUACAUAAACGAUGAGAAAUUUGGUCCAGGAACAUUUGUGAAAGGAAGAUACGAUUCCGUCUAUCUUUGCUAUAGAAAUAGUGAUGGUAUAUUACGCAUCCGAAUGAGAAAACCUGUGCACGAUCAUUGUCUCGCUGCCACUGAAGAUCCAAACUGUCAACAGGGAAUUUUACAGGGUAUCUGGAACUCGAACUUUGGCCUUGCCACAGGCAUCGCCUACGACUCAGUCACCAAUAAGCCUGUCGAAACAUCUCCACAUACAGUACAGAACACAACAAAAGCACCGAUUUACGAAUAUCCGAAAAUCGAGCCGUACGAUUUGCUGCGCUCGAUAAGAGGAGAAGUUAAUCCUGAAGACGUUACUGAGCUUCCAGAACAAUUCAUUCAACCUGGAGAUAUACUUCCAUGA